AUGACCUCAUUCACCAAGCAGUGUCGUCAUAGCCCAUCUUCCACUGGAUCGGCGGUCACCGAUCUGCUUUUUGGCUGUGCUGCAAGCUCCGGCCUCCUGUUUGCUGGAUAUAGCGCAAUCAAGUGCUGGGGCUCUGACAACAAAGAUCAUGCGUACGUUCUUCUUGACGCGGACGUUUCGUCAAUGAGCAUGUCAAGCGAGGUGGGCCAACACAAGCUGCGGAUCCUCGACACGGAUCACAAGCUCGCUAUCGUCAUGGAGGCAUUCACGGGUCAGCUGGACGUCAAUACCGUCGGCUUCAGCGCGGCGACCAACUAUGAAACCAAAAUAUUCGAUAUCCGGAUGUUCAAGUCCUCCGUCGGAGAGGUCAAGUCUCCUCCUGGAGAAACUACGCCUGAGCGAAAAAAUGCAAAGCCUGCGACCAGAAGAGAGAGAUCAUCGGCUGCAAAGGCCAAGUCUUCCGUCGAAGCAGAGGUGUCUCCCCAACGAAUAAUUGAGUUCCCUCCGUCGUAUACGGUGGUGGGCGAAAACAAUAUCCUUGGAUUGAGCGAAGAAGACAACUAUGGCACAUACUGUGCCGUUUGGAUGAAGACUCGCAAUGUCCUUCUCACUGGCGGAUCCAACGGAGUGGUAUUCGAUCCAAAGAUCGGCAAAGUCGUCCAGGAGGAGUCGCUUACCUUCCAAGCCAGUGUCUGCGCGAUGGCGCUCUCGCCAGAAUGA